AUGGCUCCCUCCCAGCUUGCGCCAUAUGGCCGCUGGACUAGUCCACUAACCGCAGAGCAAUUAUCAACAGACAGCAUAUCGCUCCACGAAGUAGUUGUCGACGAACCAAGCGGUGCCAUCUACUCAGUCGAGUGCCGUCCAACCGAAAAUGGGCGCUUUGCCAUCAUGCAGCAUCUAAAUGGGCACAGCCAAGACAUCCUGCCCAAAGAAUUCAGUGCGCAGGCCAGCGUGCAAGAGCUAGGCGGGGGCUCCAUUGCAAUCAGACCGGAUGGCCAGAUUGUAUUCUCAGACCGGAAAUCGUGCGGCAUUUAUCUUCUAAACCCAGUUUCAUCGCAAACCACCUGCGUCCACGCAGCGGUCAAGGGUCUUCGCUACGCCGAUUUCAGCGUUCACCCCACAACCAGCCAAUGGAUCAUCGCGAUCAAGGAAGACCACCGUGAUGCAACGCCUGAAACCCAAGCAACGCAUGUGCACAAUACAUUGAUCGCCAUAGACAUUGCAUCUAGCAAAGAAAUGAUAAUUGCGCAAGGCGAUGACUUCUACUCGCAUCCCAAGUUCGAUCCCUCCGGCAAAUACGUCUCCUGGAUUCAAUGGUCGCAUCCCGAUAUGCCCUGGACGGGCACUGUGCUUUACGUUGCUGAGUGGGAUGAUGGGUACCUGAAGAAUAUCACCCGUGUAGCGGGCAAAGCCAAGGAGGAGAGUAUCGCGCAGCCGAAAUGGGGGCUUGAUGGGGUGUUGUACUUUGCUAGUGAUCGCACUGGAUAUUGGCAGUUGUACUCGUUUGACGUGGAUCAUCAGUCUGUGCGGUAUCUGGAGUUUCAGGGCUUGGAGCAGUCGGACUUUGCCAUUGCGGAAUGGUUGCUUGGAAGUUCAACCUAUAUAUCCCUCGACACAACCACCAUCAUGGCAGCAGUUAUCACCAACGCCACCAGCAAAAUCGUCCGCCUCAAUACAUCCACCCUAUCCGUCCACAACCUCGACCUUCCCUACGUGGACUUUGCAAACCCAGGCAGCGGAAUCUUCCGCGUAUCAUCCAACAGCGUCGCAAUCGUGGGCGCAUCAACGACCGCACCCCAGGAACUAGCCCUAGUAUCAAUCAGCACCAACAACGAAGUCCAUAAGACCAUCCUCGCAUCGACGGCCUCAUUCACCAUACCAGCAGAAUACGUCUCCCGCGCAACUCAUCUAACAGCACCCCAAAAACACGGUCCGCGCACCGACGGCAAUGUGCACUUUUUCUUCUUCCCGCCUCGCAACCCGGACUGCUCGCCGCAUGACAGCAACGCUCUUCCCCCUCCCCCGGUCCUAGUCCACGUCCACGGCGGACCAAACGGGUGUGUCACCCCGGCACUCAACCUCGAGAUCCAAUACUACACGACGCGUGGCUUCGCCGUCUGCGCGGUGAACUACACCGGCUCGACGGGGUUCGGCCGCGAAUACCGCGAGCGACUAUCUGGAUACUGGGGACUGGUCGAUGUAGGCGACGCAGUCAGCGCAGUAGACUACUUGAUUGAGAAAGGGCUAGUCGAUAAAUCGCGCGUCGGGAUCUACGGCGGCAGCGCAGGCGGAUAUCUCACUUUGCAAGCGCUGCACCUGUACCCCGGAGUCUGGGCGGCGGGGGUGAGUUCGUACGGGAUCAGCGAUGUGCGCGCGCUGCAAGCGGAUUCGUAUAAAUUCGAGAGUCAGGACGUGGACCGCUUGCUUCUGAGUGGGACGCCGGUUGAGGAGAGAGGAGCGGAACUUGAGAAGAGGAGCCCAUGUUACUAUGCUGAGAGGAUGAAGGCGCCGUUGCUAUUGUUGCAGGGGACCGAGGAUGUUGUUGUUCCUGUUGCGCAGGCCAGGAUGAUGGCUAGUGCGAUGCUUGAGCAGGGGAGAGUGGCGGAGGUGGUUGAGUUUGAGGGAGAGGGACAUGGAUGGAUUGGGCAGAAGGCCAUUUGUGAGUCGUUGAAGAGGAAGGAGGGGUGGUGGACAAGAUAUUUGACCUGA